AUGCUCCAUCGCCUCGCCGGUCUCAUCGAGGACAACAGGGAACUUCUUGUCACCAUCGACGCCUGGGACAAUGGUGACCGAAGCGAAACCCAACAUAGAGAUUCAUGUGCUAACCCCCGGUUUCAUUCAGGCAAAAAGUAUUCUGAGGCGUUCGAAGGUGACCUCGUCGACCCCAUCAGCGUUCUCAAAUACUACGCAGGAUGGACAGACAAGCUCUCUGAACUCGCGUACACCGUACGCCAGCCCAUCGGGGUCGUUGCCCAAAUCAUUCCCUGGAAUUAUCCUCUUUCUAUGGCGACGUGGAAGCUCGGGCCUGCCAUGGCCUGUGGAAACACAGUCGUCCUCAAACCAGCAGAGCAAACCCCUCUCAGCAUCCUCGUCUUGGCGAGUCUCAUCAAGAAGGCGGGGCUCCCACCUGGUGUAGUCAACAUUGUUGAUGGCUACGGACGAGAAGUAGGUAGCGCACUGGUCGAACAUCACCUUGUAGACAAGAUUGCAUUCACAGGCUCUACGGCUACUGCAAUAGGAAUCAUGCAAACUGCUGCCCAAACACUCAAGAAGAUUACUCUUGAAACGGGUGGGAAAUCCCCACUAGUAGUUUUUGCAGACGCCGACUUGGACCAAGCAGUCAAUUGGUCUCACAUGGGAAUCAUGUCAAACCAAGGCCAGAUCUGCACAGCAACAUCACGCAUCCUGGUUCAGAGUGCUGUAUAUGACAGAUUUCUUAUCCAGUUCCUGGAUAGGGUUAAGACAGUUAGCAAGGUCGGAAGUCAGUGGGAGAAGGACACAUACCAGGAACCACAGGUUUCUAAGGCUCAGUACGACCAAAUACUCAAGCAUAUUAACCUUGGUAAGCAAGAAGGUGUUGUUCUGGCCACAGGUGGCCUCCCUAUCGAUGUGGGAGGGAAAGGAUUCUUCACCGCCCCGACCGUGUUUACUGAUGUUACCCCGUCGAUGUCGAUUUUCAAGGAAGAGAUCUUUGGUCCUGUUGUCACCAUAACGCGGUUUGAAGAUGAGGCUGAAGCUGUUGCUAUUGCGAACGAUUCGAUCUACGGCCUCAGCGCAUCUAUUUUCACUUCAGAUCUGGAACGUGCCCACCGGGUGGCCGAUCAGAUGGAGGUAGGAACAGUUUGGGUCAACAGUAGUCAAGAUUCCGACGUCCGAGUUCCGUUUGGGGGUAUGAAGCAGAGCGGAAUCGGCAGAGAGUUGGGCGAAGCUGCCUUGGAAGCGUAUAUCCAGACCAAAGCAGUCCAUAUAAACAUGGGCAGCAAGCUUUAG